CUUACUAUUUUUGUUUCCCUUUUCCCUCCGGUAUAGUAUAUAUGUGUCAUUUCCAUUCUAAACCCUAAACCCCUCUUGGUACACACACAUUACACAAAUGUAUCCAUACAAUUCUUAUUAUAUGAUGAGCGUUAUCUUCAGCAAUUAGCAAUGUCGUCCACUUCAACUCCAGUACGGGCGGCAAUGCCUAGCGCAAAUGCGCCACCACCAUUCCUUGUGAAGACUUACGAUAUGGUGGAUGAUCCGAGUACUGACAAAAUCGUUUCGUGGAGUACCAAUGGAGACAAUAGCUUUGUGGUUUGGGAUCCUGCAGAGUUUGCUAAGGACUUAUUGCCUAAGUAUUUCAAGCACAAUAACUUCUCCAGUUUCGUUCGUCAGUUAAACACUUAUGGCUUUAGAAAGGUUGAUUCGGACCUCUGGAAAUUUUAUAAUGAUGGAUUCAUAAGAGGUCAGAAGCAUCUGCUUAGCAAUAUUACUAGGCGGAAGCCUGCUCAUGGACACAGUCAGCAGCAGCAGGUGCAUGGUCAGAGUGCAUCAGUUGGGGCUUGUGUUGAGGUUGGAAAGUUUGGGCUUGAGGAAGAGGUUGAGAGGCUGAAAAGGGAUAAGAAUGUGCUUAUGCAGGAGCUGGUUAGGCUGAGACAACAGCAGCAGACUACUGAUAAUCAGAUGCAAACUGUGGUGCAGAGCCUUAAGAUUAUGGAGCAGCGGCAGCAACAGAUGAUGUCGUUCCUGGCAAAAGCUGUUAACAGCCCUGGGUUCUUGGCACAAUUUGUACAGCAGCAAAAUGACAGCAAUAAGCACAUGAUGGAAGGCAACAAGAAACGCAGGAUUAGACAAGAUUUUCCUUCAGAUGAUCGCUCUGUUAGCCCUGCUGAUGGACAGAUUGUGAAGUACCAACCUAUAAUGAAUGCGGCAGCGAAAGCAAUGCUCAGGCAGAUAACGAAACUAGAUUCUUCUCCUAGAUUAGAUAACUUCAGCAACAGUCCUGAAAGUUUACUGGUUGGCAAUGGUUCACCCCAAUCUAAUGCAUCAGACGGUGGAAGUAACAACCAAAUUUCAGGAGUCACUCUUCAGGAAGUUCCACCCACUUCUGCCCAGCCAUUUGCCAGUGCAACUUCAGCUGUUGCCGGGCAAAGUUCAUUGUCUGCCAACAUUCAGUUUUCAGAGAGCAGUUCCCUGGUUGGAGCUCAAGGUUUGCCACCUGUUUUGCUUUCUCCAUCAGAUAUGAUUAUGCCUGAGCCCUCACAGUUACAAGAAACUGUGCCUGAAAACAAUAUGGAUGUUAAUGGAUCCAAAACGAGUAAUGGUUCUUUCAUGGAUCCCACAUUGGGUGGAAAUGGAGAAUUGCCAUUGGAAAUUGAUACUUUUUCUCCCGACCUUCAAAUUGAAUGGGAGAGUGCUUUGAUGGACGAUGUAGGAGAGCUUCCUAGUGUGUGUGAUCCCUUCUGGGAAAAGUUUCUUCAAAGCCCGUUCCCUACCGAGACAGAGGAGAUGGACUCGGUUGAUAUUGAAGAUAUUAAGACUACUGAAACUAAGCCACUAGAAAAUGGACGGGACAAUCAACACAUGGAACAUCUUACUGAGGAAAUGGGGCUUCUAAGAUCAAACAGUAAAAAAGUAUGAUUGGUCACCAAAGAAAAUGUGCAUGAAGUACUCUAGAAAUCUCAGCUCUUAGUGUAUUGAGUCAUGGGAGACUUCCCAUAAGAUAGUAGCUCUAAUACCUGCUUUUACCUUUGUCUGCAUAUAUGGAAAGCUUCUUGAUUCAUCUGGAUUACUCUUAUGUAGUUCACCUCCAUUUUUUGUUUCUUCCUUACAUAGAGCUUAAUGGACCUACCGUGCUAAAUGUACGUUGGAGGUUUCCUUUUUUCCCUUUUUUAAAUUUCUCACUGUAUGAGCUCUCUGGUCAUUUAAGUAUGUAGAAGUUACAGAUCUGUGCUACUAACAGGCAAAUGCCCUUUUAACCCUUCUAUAUACUAGUCUGUUAGUGACA